AGGGCUGCCUCCGCUUCCUACAAAACCCUCCUCCUACUCAGGUUGAUCCCUUCCGCUGUGGGCAGAGAGAGUUGAUCGUCGUUGCUCUUGAUCGAUCUGGUUCCCUUCUCUUGCGGAGUUUAUUGAUUUGCAGAAUGAGUGGCAGCAGCGGAGGCGGAGGUGGAGGAGGAGGCGGCGGGCCGUGUGGUGCCUGCAAGUUUCUCAGGCGGAAGUGCGUCAAUGCGUGCAUAUUCGCGCCAUACUUCGACUCGGAGCAGGGCGCCGCCCACUUCGCCGCCGUCCACAAGGUGUUCGGCGCCAGCAACGUGUCCAAGCUCCUCCUCCACAUCCCUCCCCACAAGCGCCUCGAUGCCGUCGUCACCAUCUGCUACGAGGCCCAAGCCCGCCUCCGCGACCCCGUCUACGGCUGCGUCGCCCACAUCUUCGCCCUCCAGCAGCAGGUGGUGAAUCUGCAAGCGGAAUUGGCUUACAUGCAAGCCCACCUCUCGACACUGGAACUGACGCAUCAGGCGCCCCUGCCAUCCCUUCAGCCGCCGGCGGUUCCCGAGCUUCCGACCACCUCCAACAUAGCCAACUUCGACAUGUCCAACAUCUUCGACCCUGCAUGGUCUCAGGCCCAGCAGCAGCUGCACCACCACCAACAGCAGCAGCUGCAUCAGCAGCAGCAAGUGGAGAUCGCUCUCCGCAACGGCCGGAACCAGUCGGACCAAGCCGCCGGAGGUGAGCUUCAGGCACUCGCUAGGGAACUCCUGAAUAGGCACAGAGCAACCGCGCCGAUGGGUUCCACUGCCAAAGCCCUCUCCAACUAAGAGACACCAAUCUUCCUUCUGUACCCACCGCCUCCUCCUCUUCGCCUUUAGUCCGCACAUAUGAUCUCAUGUUACCGUCCACUUCUAACGAAGCACCCCAACCAUCUAACUCUUUCAAUCACAAACAUUUGAAAAGAAAUACAGACCAGGAAUUAGUAGGCUAGUCGUAAAAGGGCAAAAAAGGGCUGUUGUAACAGGGCGAGCCGGAAUUUCUUUGUUCGAUCGGAACCUGUGGUUUUGCUUUCUUUUCAGAAGGAAGACUACUGCUUGUUGCUAAUGGGAAGUCACAUCUUGAUGGAUGCCCAAAUCUCCUUCGGUGGUUCUGAAAUUCUACUGCUCCCAACCUGAGUUCUCUCCUUUGGGCGUGUGGCUUUGUGUACUCUUCUCUGCCCUUUCGACGGGAUGAUUGCGUACGAGGCCAUGAUUUCUUUCUAUGGUGUUCUCAAAUGUCACGUGCGCUUC